UGGCAUAGGCAGUGAGAACAGCGCAAGCACGUUUUUUUAAUGCCCCUGUAUGCACGUCCAGACUUUAGUGGUAGCCUGCAGAUGUGUACGGAGCGAGCCUCGGCCACAGGGAGUCACAGCGAUGGACCAAAACCCAUGACCAGAACUUAUGUCUGGUCGUCGUCUCGUCGACCUCAAUAUCUGUAAACAUAUUUUGUUGCUUAGCUGGACCGAUUAAGGGCAAUCGUGGGUAACACACGAGCAAGGUCCGCCGCAUGUUCAAUAGCCACUGUUGAAUGCGGGUCGCGGUGUGCGCUUUUCGCUGUCCCAGGUGUUGAAAGCGUUCGCCAGUCGAUCGCAAGGGUUGACAGAAAACGUCUUCGUUCGAGAAAAUACACAUUGACUGACGUGAAUGCUGAACAGCAAGUUGCAUAACAUAGCUCUGAGCAGAAUAAAUGGGAUUUCAGGUCCUCGAAUGUUUGAAGGAUGGAGAGAUUUUUCCCGUCAACCGUUCCGCUGCUUAUUCUCAGCUGUCUAUGUGUCUCUCGAGUCUUAGCGGACAGCUUGGCGGCUCCUGUCAAUGUGACCAUCAAGGCUCUGAAGGCCAACUCUGCCGUGGUGACAUGGGACAUCCCAGAAGGGGAUCCGGUCAUUGGCUUCGCCAUCACACAGCAGAAGAAGGACGUACGCAUGCUGCGCUUCAUCCAGGAAGUGAACACCACCACCCGCUCCUGUGCAUUAUGGGACUUGGAGGAGGAGACAGAUUACAUUGUGCAUGUGCAGUCCAUCAGUGUGAGUGGUCCCAUGAGCCCGCACAGCGAACCCAAGCGCUUCCGCACUCCCAAGGAGGCCGAGACUCAGGCCUCGAAGAGUAAAGACGAGGUGACCAUGGAGGAAGUGGGAGCUCAGCUGAGGGCCGGGGAGUUCAUCAUCAUCGUAGUGGUGCUGAUCAUGUGGGCAGGUGUAAUCGCUCUCUUCUGCCGUCAGUAUGACAUCAUCAAAGACAACGAGCCCAACAACAACAAGGACAAAGCAAAGACCUCAUCAGAGUGCAGUACCCCAGAGCACCCAACAGGGGGGCUGUUGCGCAUUCCCCAAAAACAACAACAACCGGACAGCAUCUGUGAACAUCAUCGAGGUGUGACAGCCAGGACCCCCUCUAAUCCAAAGGACCGAUUGUUUUCUGAACACCACAGCCGAAAGAUCCUUCAUGCCCAUCUGCUUGUUAGAAUAAGAAUGGGACUGCGGGCACGCCCCAUCAGCUGCGCCCAGCCUUUUGGCCCGAGGCCUGGGUGUGAACUGGGCCCCCAGGACUCCAGCGACCAUGUCUCAGAGGAGAGGGUCUACAUCUGGUGGCAGGACUGUGAUUGCUCUAAUUACUUCCAGACGGUCAAGUAGAUGAGGGCCAAAUGGGUUCAGCUGAGUGCUGAAAGAAAGGAGAUACCAACAUGGCCAAAGGAAUGCAGAUAACCAGGGCCAAUUACCAUCUUUCAAUGACCAUCUCUCAGCUUGUUAUCAGUUAACUGAAACCCUGUUUUCAUGACGCUGGAGACUGGAGCACUGAACAUCUUAUGAAAAUGGACACUACCUACUGUAUUUUCUCACCAACACAUGAACCUUAUGUAAAAUAUGUGCCUCCUAUCAUGCUCAUCUGAUGUCAGGCACCUACUGUAUUUUAUAUUGUGUUUUGAGAGUGUACCAACAUAGGUCAGUUAUGUCGUUGUACCAGUUUAAUAGAUUUUGCUCUGGCUAAACAUCAUGACACGUCUAGUCUGAGAGAUGUUUUCAUUUCAUCAGAGAGCUAGUUUCCCUCUCAGGGUUUCGAGACCACACAAGGCUAAUUUAAGAGGCCUUUUUGAUGGAAGCUGGUGAUUAUGACAUUGGAGCGGGAUCAAAGGAUCACUCAACAUGUGAUGCGGUAGAAGUCUCAAUUCUGUGGUAUUAAUUCUUGUUAGCUGACAGCAGAAACAGCACUGUCAUUGAUAAACAAAUCUAGUCGUACCAAGAGACUUCAAAUGCAUCUUUUCUUUUUAACGAUUAGUAGAUUUGAUAUUGUGUAUAUUUUCUCUCACUUACUUUGAUCAGUGAUCAUUCUGGAGUGGAGGAAAAUGUUUUGUUUUUAGAUUUAAGUUUUAAAAGGGGCCUGACUUAUGGACUGGAUUUUUUUUCUCUGAGGAAGGGCUAAACAGGCCUCUCCCAUAUCAGCAAUAACAGCCCUGAGUAAGGCAGUGGAGUGUCUCACACAGGCAGGCCAGGAAGCACCCUGAGGCCACACCUGUGCACCGGCACACCAUUUCCCAGCAUGCUCGGCUCGGGGGCACUAAUGCUGAACACUUUUGAUGCAGGGCAACUUGAAAAGAGGAUGAACAUUGUCCGGGGGGUUUGAAGUCCCAUUUUAUGAGCGUCCUUGCUCAUAGAAUACUUUUUCUAUGAAUCACCCGUCAUCAGCAACUUCCCAUGGAAGCCGCCACUAGGAUGUCAGUUUAUGAGCUCUAGAUGCUGGUUCUAAACAGUUACCCCUUUAAUUCUGUCCCAUCUGACAUCAUUGCUGGUUGCCAGUUUUAACAGAAGGGUUUCUAAUGACUUGUGUUCUUCAGUGUGAGUCCAUUCACCACAGCCAAAGUACUGUCAGACACAGACAGUGGUGUUGACCGGCUAUAAAAGAGAAUAUGCUGGAAAGCUUCUCAACGGGCCAAACAACCUCCUCCAUAUCCCCACCAAGAGAACUGGGAUGUGUUUUAGGGCUGAUUAAAAAAAGCACUGCCUUAUACUUAAGUCUAUCAGUUAUGUUCAACAGGUCUGACAGAAAAAGGCCCAAUAUGUUUGAGUGUUGUGUUUCCCUGUAACAUGGCUGCAGUAUGUGUUAAACCUCUGGGGUCUGUCUGUACCAGGUAGAGGGUUUAGGUGAAACAAGCAAAGAGCAUACCUGGAAUUUGAAAUUAGAGAGCUCAUCUAAAGGACGGCUUAAUGUAACGCUCAUUGAAGGGUAUGACAGAAAAAAAUGUUUUCUCAGCAGUUUUUAUGUGAUUUUUUAAAAUGCUACCCAUAUUAUUUGAGAUUAGCAUCAACCUUUUGACAUUCUGAACAAGUGUGGGACUGGUAUAGGAAAUACAAAUGUGCAUUGAGGCAAAGGUUGAGGAGUCUCAAGGGCAAUGUAAUUGUCGUUUCAUUCUAGAGACUUUGGAAAGGCAUUCUUGACACUUUGCAAUGUAUUUCUAUCACAUUCUACUGCUGUCUUGUUUAGGCGACUGUACACUCAAUAUAAAAUCAUUGUAAACAUGCAUAUAGAAGAAUAGAGAAAGGAAAAUAUACUUGUCACAGAAUGUUCCUGUGGACACCCCAAAAAGGUACCCGCCGAAUAUGCACAGAUUGCAUUUUAACAAAUGUUCUCACAAUAGCCAUAAACAGUCAUAAAGGUGGACCAGCCGUCAAGGCCUCCACCGCUGGUGAACAUGUAUAGAAGCACGGGUUCAGAAUUAGCCCACUGCUUUUAGCAUAAACACUCUAUUCACCACCUUCCUCUCAAAUAAAGCUGAAAAGACGGCAGACGGAAAGGCUAUUUGUACAGUAUACACAUUCUUUAUUCUACUCAUGUUAAAGAAUUUAGGACUUGUCACCUACCAUAUCAGGCUAGCCAUUAACAAUACAUCACACAAACAAAAAACUUUUUUGUGUGCACCCACGCACACAGUAAUACCACCUGUAGCCGUCACAGUGCAGACAGUGAUUAACGCUGGCAAAGAGCACGCAUAGACCAGCCACUGAGACACCUGAUCGCGGCGAGAGGCUGGCUGAUGACGGAUACAACCCCAGGACUGUAUCUUCCCCCUGCCUCUCCUCACCUCCACCCUUAAUGACAGAGAGCAGCAGAACUGUGCUUCAAUUACUCCAUUAAGUAGUGAUUUGUGUCACGGACGAGAGCAGGAAUGAAAAUGAGAAAGGUAGACAGAAACGGAAGACUGGGGCUCAUUUGAUUGAUUGAUGCAGACAUAUGAUGGAAGGAUUUACUUAAUGGUGACAUCUCCCAUGCACUAUUCUGCCGCAUUAGGCCGAGAGCCAUCAGGACUUCUCACUAAAGUUCCUGGGCUGAAAGUUGAAACCAUCGGCCCAAAAGACAGCCGGAACAGGUACCUCAUUGCAAUCAAUAGGCAUCCGUCCACACAGUAACAGAUAAUGAUCACCAUCUCCCUGGAUGGUUUCUUUGAACUGGGGCCAUGUCUGUCCACAAUGUGCCAACACUACAUCACUCAAUGCAAUUAUUUCUCAUUCACCUGCUUCCUCGCAAGUUUUAAAAUUGGUAUUUUACCGUCCGUAUUACUGUUGGCAACUCUCAACUUUCAGUUAGAUUAGAUUCAUAGUUAGGCUCAACCAAUUUGUUGCCUAUGUAAAUACAUAUAAAUACAUACACGUUCAAUAAUAUGAAUACAUUUAGGGCUAAUGUACUACAAGCAUAUUCUGUUAUGUUGUCAUGUUGUGGUCCAACCCUGCUUUGCAGAGCCUUGUGGAGUAGCUUCAUCCUGGCACUUGGCUCUCCUGUAACAACAUGCCCUCAUGUCAUAAGAGGGAGACAAUGGGAUUAAUCAGUCAUCCGCAUUGAGGCCAAGAACAUAAACUACAAAAACAUUUCUAUUAUGAAGUUGUCAGAAACCUUGCUAUAUCUGAACUGACUUCUUUGGAACAAAGUUCCUAGGAAAUGCAUUUUAAAGUUGAUAAAUAACUCCACUGUAUGAGGCUCCUGAUCAGACUAAUGUUCAUAGUGUUCAUAGAGUUUAAUAAUCAAGCAUAGGAACCAGCUGGAACUACAGAGGAGAAAAGGUAGCCUUUUCUAUGACUGGAAGAACUUAACAUUCCACAGUGGUCUUGCGGUGGUAACCCAGACUUUUUAUAGUGCCAAAACAAGCAAAAUUAUUUGCUUGGGAGUUGAUUUGCUUUCCUCAUAUGAUAAAAGAUCAGAGGAAAGGUUUUAUGAGGAUUAGUUCAAUGAUAGUAUCAGGCAAAGAAUAACUAUGUUGCUUGGAGUUUUGCAGUCAAAAGAAAAAGCCUUAAAAACAUUACAAUUAAAUGCAAAGAUUUUAAAGUGUGGGUCUCUUUACUUUGGAACUUUGUAAUAUAGUAAAAUGAAUCUACAAAGAAGCAAGGUUAAGAAAAUGCUUUAUCAAUGCCAUCAUGUUUCUAUUCCAUAUAUACAGUAAUAUUAAGUCACUAAAGGUCACUGCUUAAUGAGGGCUAACAUGGUUCUAACAUUAUGCACACAAUUGUAGAAUUUCUAGAAUG